AUGGCUUUCAAACGCUUCGCCCUUUCGGCCCUCUUGGCCACCAGCGCUCUCGCGAAAACCGACUUGGGCGGCUGCGAGACCACCGAUCUCGUCGUCACCGUCACCGGCCGCAACGAGAACACCGUCUACACCACCCACCUCUACUACCUUCCCGACACCGGCGAGAUCUGCGAGAUCCUCGACUGCGGUGGCGGCCGCGCUCCCAAGACCACCGUCCCCGGAUGCGGCGCCUACAAGGGCACCGAGACAUACUCGCCCCGGUUCCUGCCCACGAGCACUGCCGAUCCCGCGCCCGAGGAGACUGACCCCGCGAACAACACCGGCGCGGAUGAGGACACCACUGAUGCACCUACUGGCUCGGCCCCGACCACAAGCGGCACCCAGACUACGGGUGCCCCCGAUGCUAGUACAUCUGGCCCCGCUGCCACGGGCGGCUCUGGUGACUCUGGUGCCGCUGCUAUGGGUGUCUCUCUCUUCGGUGGCCUUCUCGCCGCUGGUGCGGCUGGUGCUGCGCUGAUACCCGACAAAAUUUCAGCUAUCGGCGGUACUAUCUGGCACGGCGUAAAGGGUUUCCGAAACAGCCCCUACGGCGAGCGUCGCGCUGGCGCCAUCACCGCCAUCAAGCUCCGCGCCCCCGUCCUCGGUGGUAACUUCGGUGUCUGGGGCGGUCUCUUCUCCACAUUCGACUGCGCCGUCAAAGGUGUCAGGCAAAAGGAAGAUCCUUACAAUGCCAUCAUUGCCGGCUUCUUCACCGGUGGUGCUCUUGCCGUACGUGGUGGCUACAAGGCUAUGAGGAACGGUGCCAUUGGUUGCGCCGUUCUCUUGGCCGUCAUUGAGGGUGUCGGUAUCGGCAUCGGAAAAUACUUCGCCGGCAACACUAAGCUCGAGGCUCCAAUGCCCCUCCUCAACCUGAGCGAGCGAUGGCUUAAACCCGCGGAUCGCUCAGCACCCUUGUUCGCGAGCGUAAUGCCCUCCGCAUUCGACCAGACCUAUCUUCGAUGGACGACGAGCACCGCACCCGGUCACUAA